CCGAGAGAGGGGGAGGAGGAGAGACGCUGAUUCACGGCUUGCAGGAGGGGGAGAGAGAGCCGUGCGGACGGGUCUCUGAAGAUCCAUCUCUGAUCUUAAAAUACCGACCCCCCCUCUCUCCUCUCUCCUCCCCCCCAUCCUCCUCUUCCUCCCCUCGUCAUUGACAGCUCUGCGACCCGGUCAAUCCGUCAGACAGGGAGGAUCUGGGGAGGAGGGCGCCCAGGCAGGAGACAGCUGGACGAAAGGCGAUCACCUCCGGCCGGUUUGAUCCAAUCGCAAAUACAUACCGAGCAGCCGGCUGCAUGGGGAUCUGCCUCUCUCUCUCUCUCCGUACAUGAGGACGACACAGUGGCUUCACCGGGGGAUUGUGGUCCGAGGAGCGCGUUUUACGCAAGACAUCCAAGCAGCGAGAUUCCACUGUGACUGUUGAUAGGGCGAUCGGACCGGCCAACAAUAAUAAGAAAGGGAGGCGGAGAGGAGCUGUUUCGCAGUUUCUACAUAAACUCCCCGGAAUAGCCUACACAUCCAGGUGGUGAGUAGAGGAAGGUCACAGCCCAGUGCUGGAUCCCAGGGGGACUGUCAGUGUGGUAAGGACCCUUGAGACGAAGGAGGGUGCAUGGAGGGUUCAAGGCCUGUAAAGCCAGGGUCGUCAGCCUGCCUCUGGUUGGGGCUGGUCUCUGUGGCUGUAGCCUUCCUUUGUACAGAAGCCCGGACCACUCCGAGCCCUCUGCUAACCCCAAGCAAUGCAACCUGCGCGGGAAACUCCAAGUGUCAUGCAGGGAUCAUCCUGCCCAUCUGGUAUCCUGAGGAUCCCUCCAUGGGAGACAAGAUCGCACGGGUCAUUGUGUAUUUUGUGGCCAUGAUCUACAUGUUUCUCGGAGUGUCCAUCAUUGCUGACCGCUUCAUGGCGGCCAUCGAGGUCAUCACCUCCCAGGAGAAGGAACUCGUCAUCAAAAGGCCCAAUGGAGAAACAACCACCACCACAAUUCGGGUGUGGAACGAAACGGUCUCGAACCUCACCCUCAUGGCCUUGGGCUCGUCCGCCCCUGAGAUUAUGCUCUCUGUAAUAGAGAUCUGUGGACAUGGGUUCAAAUCUGGUGAGCUCGGGCCUGCCACAAUUGUCGGCAGUGCGGCCUUCAAUAUGUUUGUCAUCAUUGGCCUCUGUGUGUCGGUCAUUCCCCAAGGAGAGGUACGCAAGAUCAAACACCUCAGAGUGUUCUUUGUCACUGCAGGCUGGAGCAUUUUUGCUUACAUCUGGCUCUACAUGAUUCUGGCUGUGUUUUCUCCCAACGUAGUCCAGGUCUGGGAGGGUCUCCUCACACUGGCCUUCUUCCCCAUAUGUGUACUCCUUGCAUGGGUAGCGGACAGACGACUGCUCUUCUACAAGUUCAUGCACAAGAAGUAUCGCACCGACAAACACAGGGGUGUGAUCAUCGAGACGGAGGCAGAACGCUCCAAGGGGAUUGAGAUGGACGGCAAGAUGGUCAACUCUCACUUCAUGGACGGAGGGGCGGCAAGCAAUCUUAUUGGUCUGCCUGAGAGCAAAGAGGUUGACGAGUCCCGGCGCGACAUGAUCCGCAUCUUGAAAGACCUGAAGCAGAAGCACCCCGAGAAAGAGAUGGAUCAGCUGGUUGAGAUGGCCAACUACUACGCUCUCUCCCACCAGCAAAAGAGCCGUGCCUUCUACCGCAUUCAAGCUACACGCAUGAUGACGGGCGCGGGAAACAUCCUGAAGAAACACGUCGCGGAGCAGGCGAAGAAGAGCAUCAGCGUGCAGGAGGUGCACGUGGAAGAGCCAGAAGAGUACGUGUCUCGAAUUGCGUUUGAGCCUGCCGUCUACCAGUGCCUCGAGAACUGUGGCGCCGCCAUUCUGUCCAUCACCAGAAAGGGUGGCGACCUCAACAAGACCAUUUAUGUGGAUUAUAAGACUGAAGAUGGCUCGGCUAACGCUGGGGCCGAUUACGAGUUCUCAGAGGGUACAGUAGUGUUCAAACCAGGAGAGAUGAUCAAGGAAAUAAACAUUGGCAUCAUAGACGACGACAUCUUUGAAGAGGACGAGCACUUUUUUGUCCGGCUCUGUAAUCUGCGUGUCCUGGAGACGGAGGACGAGGUGCUGUCCCCCAACAGUCUCCCAUACCCAAAGGCCAUGCUGGGCUUCCCCUCCGUGGCCACCGUGACCAUUCUGGAUGACGAUCAUUCGGGCAUCUUCACCUUUGAGAGCAGCUCGGUGCACAUCAGUGAGAGCAUUGGUAUUAUGGAAGUGAAAGUGCUAAGGACUUCUGGAGCAAGGGGGACAGUCGUUGUGCCUUAUCGCACCAUGGAGGGUCUCGCCAAAGGAGGAGGGGAGGACUUUGAAGACACUUACGGAGAGCUUGAGUUCAAAAACGACGAGACCUGCAAACUAAUUCACGUGAAAAUUAUUGACGACGAGGAGUAUGAGAAAAACAAGAACUUCUUCCUGGAGCUGGCCGAGCCUCGCAUGGUAGACAUGAGUCUGCAGAAAGCCCUGUUGUUAGCAGACGAUGUACCAGACAGAAAGAUGACAUCAGACGAGGAGGAAGCCAGGCGGAUCGCAGAGAUGGGAAAACCAGUGCUGGGGGAACACUCCAAGCUGGAAGUCAUUAUUGAGGAAUCGUACGAGUUUAAGAGCACAGUGGACAAGCUGAUCAAGAAGACCAACCUGGCCCUGGUAGUGGGAACCAACUCCUGGAGAGACCAGUUCAUGGAGGCCAUUACAGUCAGUGCAGAUGAGGAUGAAGAUGACACAGGGGAAGAACGGCUGCCGUCAUGUUUCGACUACGUCAUGCACUUCCUCACCGUCUUCUGGAAGGUCCUGUUUGCUUGCGUUCCUCCCACAGACUAUCUGAACGGCUGGGCCUGUUUCUUCAUCUCCAUCAUCAUCAUCGGCCUGCUCACGGCCGUCAUCGGCGACCUGGCGUCUCACUUCGGCUGCACCAUCGGCCUCAAGGACUCAGUCACUGCUGUGGUGUUUGUGGCACUCGGCACAUCUGUCCCAGACACCUUCGCCAGUAAGGUAUCAGCAGUCCAGGACACCUAUGCAGACGCCUCUAUCGGGAACGUGACCGGAAGCAACGCCGUCAACGUCUUCCUGGGAAUCGGCUUGGCCUGGUCGGUGGCGGCUAUCUACUGGCACAUGAAAGGGAAGCCGUUUGUAGUGGAAGCCGGCUCGCUGGCGUUCUCUGUCACUCUCUUCACCAUCUUCGCCUUCCUGGCCGUGUCGGUGCUGCUCUACCGGCGCCGGGCCCACAUCGGAGGAGAACUGGGCGGGUCCCGGGGACACAGACUGGCAACGUCAGCCUUCCUUUUCGGCCUCUGGUUCCUCUACAUCCUCUUCUGCAGUCUGGAGGCCUACUGUCAUAUAGAGGGCUUCUAAACUAAGAAGAGUUCAGCUGGCGAGAAUACGAACAUACAGGGGUUUAAAGUACAACUUCAGAAGUAAAAACGUGAAUUCCCACUGAGGAAUUUGGGUCAGUCUUGGAUUAAUGGUAUGAAAGGACAGGAGAGGUAGACCCAGGGUUUUCAGAGACACCUCCCUCUCUCUCUUACUCUCUCUCUCUCUCUCUCUCUCUCUCUCUCUCUCUCAACCCCUUCUGUGAGGACGCUUGGAGGUGAGUAUCCUGCCCUCUAGUGCCGACAGGCCUGUUGGCCCCAGCAACAGGAGAGCCAUCCUGAGCCCGUGCCAGUGUGCUUACAGUUGGGAUUGGAUUACCACCGAGAUGCCGGGGCGCUCCUGCAUUCUAAUGGAAGAGACUGCAGUCUUAUAUCCGGAGAGAGUUGAGUUAAUCAGAGGUCUAUAUUUUUCUCAACAUCUGACGAGAAUGACUUUUUAAAAAAAUGUAUUUUGUGGAUAAAAAGGCAAAAAAUUAAUAAAACAAAAAAAAGUUAAAAAACACACACACAUAAAGAGGAAUAAAAGACCUAUUUUCUGAUCUAGGUUAAGGAAUAGCAAAAGAUAAUGUCGUAAAUGGGAAUAUUUUGUUGAGUGACAGUGGGAUGGAUUCAUAGUAUUUAUUUUUAAUUUGCAUAGUUUCCUAAGGAGCACUGCAGAGUUCUCAGAAAUUAUUAAAUGAAGAAAAGAAGAAGAAGAAGAAGAAGAAGAAGAACGACAGUGACAGUUCAUACUGGCAGACAAAUCACCAUUCAAACAGGCGCGGAGGAAGAGGUGGACACAGGGAACAUGGUCAAACUGCCCUGAAUAUUACUUCAAAACUCUAUACGUAUCUAUAUAUACUAUAUUUCCAUAUUUUCUGUAUAUUUUGAAUAUUUGUUUAAAUGUGGUCACCUUCUGCUCUAACAGAGGAUUGCUGUGGCUGAGCGGGAGGGGAGGGGGGGGGUCAAACUAUCUACUAGAACGAUGUCUUCACAUUUCUAAGAGUUAUGUAUCUUGCCUAGGUAAAAGUAUGACAUUGUAUGUUCUUUAUUUACUGAUAUCUUGGUCUCACUCCAGUUUUCACCUUUUCAAUCAGAAAUC